UUCUGGUAGCAAACGAGACAAGAGGCUACGGCGACGUCACUCCAAACGCCAGUCGCCAGUACGAAAUUCGGUGUCUUGCGGUUCAGAUCAAACUUUUAUUUACACUUGUGUACUUUCAUCUUUAAAACCCACUUUUGGAUCUUCAUUUAAAAUCGAAGUAAAAUUGUGGAAAAUUUUUACCGAGUUAUUCUGAGGAUAUUUAACACCUGGUAACUAGUAAAAUAAAAAAAAAUAAAUAAAAAAUGAAGCGGCGUAGAGUCGCGUUUCUGGUGCCGUUGGCGGUGCUGCUGAUUGCUUCAACAAUUUGUGCAUCACCAACUAGCAUAAAAAAUGAAAAGACAGCGGAAGUAGAACAGGCCACCUCGACGACAGUAAAAACCUCCGGGAAACCUGAGCCAACGGUAUCGAUCACCGAAGAACCAGCAACGAGCAAUCAACCGGAGGUAACUACCGGGCCUUCAACAUCUUCUUCAGCUUCAGCUUCGGCUUCUUCUGCUCAUCCUAUCAAAGUAUCACACGAUCAACAUGAAGAUACUGAAGACAGCACAAAGGAAUUUAUAAACUUUAAAAACAAUCGGUUACAAGAGAUUCUUAAGCGGGACAAAAAAGUACCAGCAGAAGACUUGGUAAAGUUGACAAAGCCCGUUAUCAAUUUUAAAGACGCUUUGUUACAAGAAAUUAAUACUUUGGAUGCAAGUGACUCAAACAAGAAAAUAAAGGAAAAAAUAAAGCUGCUCAAAGAUACCCAAAAGACCCGUCCGAAAUCACGGGUGACUGGUCCACUAUCAGACCCACCAUCGCCGGUGGGCAAACCAGCGUCCGGGACAGCGCAAAGUCGCGCGAUGAAAGAACUUCUGGAAGCCGAGAGCGAUGUAACUUACGGGGACGAUCUCGAUGACGACGAGGACGACGAUGAUGAGGAUGAUGAUGACGAUAACGAUGAGGACGACAGCGAUGACGGUGACGAUGAUGAUUACGGCGAUGAUGAUGUUGAAGAUGAAGAAGAUAUAAUGACAAAUUGCCCCGACUACUGUAGGUGUGCGGGACAGUAUGCAGCUGCAACAACUGCGAGAUGUAGUAAAUUGAUAGAAAACCAGUCCUUCGGUCCAGGAAUCGCCCACUUACUAAUUGAGAAUGCCGGUGAGAUCAGACUCGGCCCACACUCGCUACGUGCUCGUGACUUGGAACAUCUAGAAACAAUUACUAUUGUUGAUACUCGCGUUUCACUUAUUGAUCGUACAGCCUUCGAUGGAAUACCCUAUCUAUUUGCGGUUAAUUUGAGCCGGAAUGGUAUCAUUGACAUCCAUCCAGAUACGUUUCAAAAUAAUACCCAGCUGAAUUUGCUGACAAUUUCGGGAAAUCCAUUCUGGCGGGACUGGUCAGUGACUAAAGAUUAUCUACUAAACGCCCCGAGUGUUACUGAGUUUGAUUUCUCAUGGAACUCAAUGCCGCGGCUGCCAAAAUCAGCGUUUUCAAAAAUGUUAAACCUGGCGUACUUGAACUUGAAACAAAAUCGUCUUAGUAAAAUUGAAAAAGCGAUAUUCAAACCACUGAGCUCGUUGGUAGAAUUAGAUUUGAGUGGAAAUCUUUUGUCAGAUUUGCCAAAUGACGUUUUUGAAGGAACUGAUCUACAGAGUUUGAAGCUGAGUGAUAACUUCUUGACAACGUUGGCAUCCGUUAAAGCAAAUUCACUAGAUAUACUCGAUGUCUCAAACAACCGGAUUAAAAUAAUAGCCAAGAGUGAUUUGGACAACGUGCCGUCUCUCGAGCAGCUAAUAAUCUCGGGCAAUGGAUUGAAAAGAAUCCACCAGCACGCCUUCUCUGAGUUAGACCAACUAGAACACCUCGACAUCAGCAACAACAAGCUCACUUCCUUUACCGAGCACCAUCUCAGAAAUAGCCCGCGUUUAGAAGUUUUACUGAUGAGCGAUAACCCAGAUCUCGGAGCUCUGCCGAUUUUCAAAAUAAACGGUCUUGAGUACAAUACAUACAGUGUCUACCGGUUCGAGUGCGCCAAUUGCGGUCUUGUAGAUCUAAAGAACACGACUUUCUACGCUAUGCCCGCAAUCGCAAAUUUAAAUCUCGCUAGAAAUAGACUCACUGGUCUUCCAAAAGGUCUUUUAUCGCCUCUGUCUUCGCUUCGCGAGCUAGAUAUCUCAGACAAUAUGAUUGCCUUCAUACCAAGUGACAUGCUCCACGGCGCAACCUCACUCACGAAACUUAAUCUCGCCGGAAAUCCGCUGAUGACACUUCAGGUAACGCCUUUCUUACAAGCACCAGAACUUACACGGCUUGAUGUCAGCAGAUGUAUGUUGAAACGAGUGUGGAGUGAAGCUCGUCAACACUUUAAAUCACUCAGAUUUUUGUCAGUACGUGGAAAUGAACUGGAGCGCAUUACAGUUGAAGAGUUGAAAGCGACACCAAAAUUAUCAGGCUUGGAUUUGUCACAGAAUCCAUUGAACUGUGAUGCGGAAUUCGACGGUGCCAUUCAGUGGUUGACGACCCACGGUGUUAUUCCCACGGAAACUGUGAGGUACAUCAGCAAUCUCGGCAACAGCGGAACUGAGCAUAAUGAGCCUUCCGGUGAAAGUGUUACCCGUUGGUCAGAUCUAGCUAAAUUGGUAUGUGAAGAUGAACUAGAGGGACCGGUUCCACAAGUUCCACAAAAACCUCAAACGCACUCAGACGAACCGAGUGACGAAGAUGCUGCUGAAAUUUCAAAAGAUGAUCUCGGUGACAUUAAAUUCGUCAAAACAUUCCCUGUUCAUAAAAAUAACCGAGUCGAAGAUGUCUGGUUGGAACUGGACAAAAAUGUCGAGUACGAUGAUUACACAACUGAACAACCAUUUGGUUAUUUUGACUGGUACAGACCAGCGGCGUGGUCAAUCCUGGUAAUCUGUCUAGUAAUCCUAGGAGUUCUUUUGAUAAUUAUACAGUUCGCGCGCUUUAUGGCCAAUCGCAGAGGUCGCGGCCACGGCCCCGUCAUCAGACCGCCCAUGAUCCUGCGCCCGGGUCGCGUUGACAACAAAAACUGCGGCUUAAUCUACAAGCCUCUGCAAGAAGAAAUUCCCACUCCUCAAAUGUCGAAAAAACCCAGCGGAUACUCACGCGGGCCUUUUCACUACAAACAAAUAGUGCCCACAAGCGCUUAAAUUUAUUAUUAUUCAAAUAUUAUUGAAACUUAAAAGUGAGGUAUGCAACUUAAUUUUUAAAAAUUACAAAUAUAUUUUUAUCAAUCGUUAAGUACUGAUAUAUAUUACUUGCAUAAAAAAAAAUGUCGUAAAGACUAAAAUCUUUACUAUUCCAUUUUAUUUUUUAUGAAUUCAAAUACUUAACAAGUCGCAUAAAAAAAUUUUACUAUUAUAUAGCUUGUAAGUGAAUGA